AUGUCGUCACUCUAUUCGCUGGAAUGGUCGUGUCUCGCCUCGCAAAUCGGAUUCGUCUCCACCUUGACCGUCAACUCGUUCCUCGUCUACCUGAUUUUGAGGCAUACGAAGCAGGUGUUCGGCGCCUACAAGUAUCUAAUUGUCGCCUUUUCCGUAAUGGGCAUUCUGUUCGCCACCGCCGAGUUUAUUGUGAAACCGGCAAGUGUGGACACCACUGUAACACUCUGUAAACUUCUAUUGUAGAUGACACACAAUUACAACGCAAGCUUCACAUUUUUCACAAUCUCCACACCUUUUGGUUGUUCUAAAGAAGUGGCCAUGAUUCUAUUAGGUCAGUUGUCGCCUUUUCACUUCCCUUCACACACGUUCUCCUCAUUUUCAGCUGCCUACUCGAGCACGUACGCCGCCACUAUUUCCCUGCUCGCCGUGCAAUUCGUCUACCGCUACUGGGCCGUUUUUCAGUAAUUACAUUUCCGCUCGACCUGAAAACGUGUGACAAAUUGUUCAGUACUCGCCGCAUUGCUCAUUUCAACGGUGUCCGAAUAUUGGCGUGGGUGUCUGUUGCAAUGCUUUUCGGUGUGGACUGGAGCUCGUCGGUCUACUUCCUCGGAAUGUCGGAUGCGUUUUCUGACGAAUAUUUGAGGUAGGCGAUCAAGUUUGAGUCCUGGAACAUGUCAUUUUCAGCGCUGAAUUUGCCGACAAAUACAACCUCAACAUGUCUACUCUGGCCUAUUUUGCAGCCGUCGUCUACGUGAAUAACAUUCUCCAAAUGCUUAGUUAACGUGUGUUUAGGAUCAGCCUGAAAAGCGCAUCAGAUGGCGAAGCGUGAUGGUGAUGGUGAGCGUGUCGAAAGUGGUCGCCAUACAAUACGCAGUCAUGAUAUUCUGCGGAACACGAAUGCAUCGAAAAAUGGGCGAGAAGCUGGAGCAGUUCUCGAUAACCAAUCGGAGAAUGCAUCAGCAGCUUUUCAAAACGUUGGUCGUACAGAUUACUGUACCGACGUUUGUGCUCUUUAUGCCAACAAUGCUCAUGUUUCUAGUUCCAUUCUUUGACUGGAGUAUUGGAGUCGCAACCGGAACAAUUCUGUGUGCUCUUUCUUUGUAUCCGUUCAUUGAUGGGAUAAUAGUCAUUUGUAUAGUUUCAGACUAUCGCAAGGCUACGAAAGGUGAGCGGUUUUAUACAGUUUCAGUGGAUAAACAAGUCAUUCAAAAGUCAUAGUCCCCUGAACCUGAUUGUUUUACAGAAAUCCUCCAAUCUCUUAUUUUCGGUAUCACGUGUCAGCGUGUAGUCGUUGUCCAACCUCAAAAGUAUGACAUUUCAACAAGCGCCGCCAAUGAGACAAUCAGACGGGCCAAUCGGGUGGAAUCCAGUACGCGAUUCACUGCUUCAAGUUUCUGA